GGGCGGAGCUACCGAGCUUUUGAAGACUGAAGAGUGUGUCGGUUGAAGUCGAGAGGGUUCAGAUGCGUUUUAUCAUUGUGUCUCAAAAUGAGGCACUAGAUGCCCGGGUCCAAAUGUAAUGGCCAGUCUUGGGACAACAUGGCUUUUCUCCAUAUUGCUGCUCCACCAGCCUUCUUGCAUUGCUGCAGCAGGUCCACCUGCUCAGCCCUCUGAUCUUCAGUGCUAUAUUCCUGUUAAUGAGGAUGACAUUCAUUGUACUUGGGAUCCAGGGCCAGACCAGCAAAUCCAUUCAAACUACAGCCUGCACUGGAAACCAGCAAAUGUCAAAGAAGGGCUCACGAAAGCAACAAAUGUGAGUGGGUCUAUCGCACGUCACACAUUUACUCAGAACAGUGAACUUCAUGUUUGGGUCCAGGCUGAGAACCAAUAUGGUUCUUCCACGUCUCACACAGUUACUUUUAACCCAGCAAACAUCAUCAAGCCAUCUCCUCCCAGAGUCACAGUGACCCAGGACCCACUGGAGUUUCUCUGGAAUUAUUCCUCAUGUGUUGACUUGGAUUUGUCUUUGGGAAACUGUAUGAUUCGACACCGGACUGAAGAAGAUCAAGUCUGGAUUGAGGAGGAUGAAGCUGGGAUAUUUAUCAGCCAUACAAUAGACAACCCCCGCCCAUACACGGUCUAUGAGUUUCAGGUUUGCUGUGCCUGUGAGCCAGGAGUGAUGAGUGACUGGAGUGAAAUCGCUACGGUUCGGAGUGCAGGGACCGCUCCAACUGGAGAGGUGGAUGUGUGGAUGGACUGUGGAAUGCCCUCCACAAAUGCUGACUGUGUUCUGACCUGGAAGAUGCUUCCUGUUUCACAGUCUCGUGGUCACAUUCUUGGAUAUGAAGUCAGACUGUUGUACAGAAAUGGUUCUACUGCUGUGAUGAACAUGUCUGCGGCUGAACCGCGUGGGCAGCUGGUGUGUGAUGAUAUGCAGUGCCAUCUCACCUCUUCUCUAAAGGAUGUAUCAUCAGCGACUGUCUCGGCUUACAGUGUUCACGGUGCCACGCUACCUGCUCGUGUAGAUGUGCCAGCGACAGGUAAACAGAGUAACGGCCAAGCCAUUGUCUUGAAGAUGAACGAAGAAAAUCUAAAUGUGUCCUGGAACCCGCCCUCUGAGCCCUCUGACAACCUGAAAGAAUAUGUGGUGCAAUACAAGCAAGUAGGACAACCUCCACCCCAAGGAUUUGAUUGGGACAGAGUAAAGAAAGGCCAAACAAGAAAAGUUCUUAAAGGUCGAUUUGCGAAGUACACACCCUACUUAGUGUCACUCUUCACAAUAUCGCACAACUUUAAAGCCCAGCAGCUGUCUUCUGCCAUUGGAUAUUCCCUGGAAGGAAUUCCUUCCAAAGUAUCGUCAUUUAAGGUGAAUUCCAUUGACGCCACUCGCGUGACACUGUUUUGGGAGCCCAUUCCACUGCUCAAGCAGAACGGGACGAUUAUCAGCUACCAAAUAGGAGGAGUCGACCAAACAGUGCACACUGUGACUGCAUCUUUGCAAAAUGAAAAUCAGACUUUUGACUUGUUGGAUCUCAGUCCGGGCUGGGAUUAUGAAGUGUGGAUAAGAGCUGUGACGGCAGCGGGUCCAGGAAGUCAAACCACCACACACUUCAAAACGAAAGACCAGGAAAGCUUUGCACCCUCAGCGUACCUGAUGAUAGCAUCAUUUGCUAUGAUUGGUUUAUGCACCGCUGUUUUUUUACUCAGGAGAAAAAAUUGCCUGCCAGUGCCUUUGUGUUUUGAUGAGAAAGUACCAGAUCCCAGAAACAGCAAUGUUCUGAGACAGAUGAAGCAUCAGAUCAAUGACUCCUUGUCUCGAAUCUGCAUUCCGGCUCAUGAGUCCCUUCCUAAAAUAUCUGAGUUAGAGGUUGUGGAACAUCUACCAAGCGCUUUUGAGCCAAAUGUAGAGAAAAACUCCCACCCCAAUGGCCUCGGUGAGAAAGAGCUGGGAAGUGCGUGCUCACAGACAGGCCGCGGUUACGGAUGUGAGGAGUACAGCAAAAUGAUGGACUCCGAUGAAGAGAGGAGCAAGGAGGAUGAGGAGGAGGAGGAGAUGGAAGAGUCUCUGUGCUCAUCAGAAGAGGAACAGUUCACAUCAGGUUAUGAAAAGCACUUUAUGCCAACUGCUUUGGAAGUGCAGCAAGUUUGAUGAAACUAACUGAUGGGGGACAUCUGUUAAAUGUCAUUAUUGCUUUGCAAAAUGACUGGAAAACAAAUUACCUGGACUCAGUGACAAUUUACUGGAUUUGCAGUAAAUUAUAACUAUUUUAAGGUUCAUUCAUUUCUUGUUGAAAGCCAAUACCAAAUACAUCCUACAUGCUAAAGAUGAAGUGUGAAAACAUCUGAAGG